UCGCGCGAGCACCACGACGGCAGCAGCGGCCGCGCCUUUACCGCAGACCAAAAGGCCGCCGUCGUCCGCGUCCGCAAAUGCAGUCCCACCGCCUUCUACGACAUCCUCGGUCUCGAGUCCGUAAAAUCCACAGCCACAGAAUCAGAAAUCAAGAAAGCGUACCGCAAGCUCAGUCUGCUCACGCAUCCGGACAAGAAUGGCUAUGCUGGUGCAGACGAGGCUUUCAAGAUGGUUGCUCGCGCUUUUGCUGUCUUGAGCGAUGCGGAUAAGAAGGCCAAGUUUGAUCGCUUUGGAGGGGAUCCUGAUAGCAGGUUCCAGGGUGCGAGUGCUAGUUCGGCGAGUCCCUUUUCGGGCGGUGGUGCUACGAGGAGGGGUCCUGGUGGUGGUGGCAUGUUUGAUGAUGAGAUUAGUCCGGAAGAUCUGUUCCGUCAGUUCUUUGGUGGUGGUGGUAUGGGCAUGGGUGGUGGUGGUUUCGGAGGAGGUGGACUCUUCGACGGCCCAGGCUUUGUCUUCAACAUGGGAGGAGGCCCUGGUGUACGUGUUCAUCAAUUCGGCGGCGGUGCACCGCGACGACGGCCCCAAGCAGCCAGAGAUCCCAACCAACCGCCUCCGUCCCUCCNNCUUCAAUCAUUACAAUCUCUCCUCCCGUUACUCCUCCUCUUCAUCUUCCCUCUUCUCUCAGGUCUCUUCUCUGGAAACGGCACACCUUCAGGUCCUUCAGUGCGUCUAGCACCCGAACCGCCAUACACCCAACAUCACACUUCUGGCGGAAUCGGCGUUUCAUACUAUGUCAACCCACGCGAGGUAGCCGACAUCUCGGCUCGGAAAUGGAAAGCGUUGGAUGACAGAGCAGAUAAACAAUAUCUUCACGAAUUGUCCGUUGAUUGCGAGGUGCAGCAGGACACAAGGCGGCGAAUGUUCCAACAGGCCUCAGGUUUCUUCUUUACCGACCAGGAACAGUUGCAAAAAGCUAGGGUUUAUAAGAUGCCUUCUUGUCAGAGGUUGAACGAAUUAGGCUACAGGACUUGA